AGGAAAUAAGGAAAUAAAAGGGAGAGUUAUUGGAAGUUUUAUUUACAAACAAAAUGUGGAAUCUCAAAUUGAGAAUACGUGAAUUUCUCUGAAACCUUAUGUUCUCUGCGAAACAUUCUCUUAUUUCAUUUUCUUUCUCUAAAGUUUUUAUUUCUCUGACAAGGAAGAUAUCCCUUUAGGUGGAUUCUUGUUUAAAUUUAAAAAUCCUCAAGAAGAAGAAGAAGAAGAAGAAGAUAGUCAAAUGAAAAUACAUUCUUCUGAUCAUUCAUGGCUUUUACUAGCCGUUCUCGUGAUUCUCCUCUCCUUCUCUGGAGCUCUCUCAAGCGAUGACAAAGAGAAGAAGACGAAAUCGGUCGAUAAAAAGAAAGAAGUAACUUAUGAUGGAACGUCUUUGAUCAUCAAUGGAAAUAGAGAACUCCUUUACUCUGGCUCCAUACAUUACCCUCGUAGCACUCCUGAAAUGUGGCCAAACAUCAUCAAGAGAGCGAAACAAGGCGGUUUGAACACGAUUCAGACAUACGUUUUUUGGAACGUUCAUGAGCCUGAGCAGGGAAAGUUCAAUUUUUCGGGUAGAGCCGACUUGGUGAAGUUCAUAAAAUUAAUUGAGAAGAAUGGUUUGUAUGUAACCUUGAGGCUUGGACCUUUUAUUCAAGCUGAAUGGACUCAUGGAGGACUUCCUUACUGGCUGAGGGAAGUUCCCGGGAUCUUCUUCCGUACCGAUAAUGAACCUUUCAAGGAACAUACAGAGAGAUAUGUUAAGGUGGUACUUGACAUGAUGAAGGAGGAGAAGCUUUUUGCUUCACAAGGAGGCCCCAUUAUAUUAGGACAGAUUGAGAAUGAGUAUAGUGCGGUUCAACGAGCAUAUAAAGAAGAUGGAUUAAACUACAUUAAGUGGGCAUCUAAACUGGUACACUCGAUGGAUUUGGGGAUCCCAUGGGUUAUGUGUAAGCAAAAUGAUGCUCCUGAUCCUAUGAUCAACGCUUGUAACGGAAGACAUUGCGGUGAUACAUUCCCUGGUCCAAACAAAGACAACAAGCCAUCUUUAUGGACAGAGAACUGGACUACUCAGUUCCGCGUUUUUGGCGAUCCCCCAGCACAAAGAUCUGUAGAAGAUAUAGCAUAUUCUGUUGCCCGGUUUUUCUCCAAGAAUGGAACCCAUGUUAACUACUAUAUGUAUCACGGAGGUACUAACUUUGGAAGAACCUCUGCACAUUAUGUGACAACUCGUUACUACGACGAUGCACCUCUUGAUGAAUUCGGACUGGAAAGGGAGCCUAAGUACGGUCAUCUAAAGCAUCUUCACAACGCCCUUAACUUGUGCAAGAAGGCACUUCUCUGGGGCCAGCCUCGAGUCGAGAAGCCUAGCAAUGAAACAGAGAUUCGAUACUACGAGCAGCCUGGAACUAAAGUUUGUGCAGCAUUUUUGGCUAACAAUAACACAGAAGCUGCAGAAAAAAUCAAAUUCAGAGGCAAGGAAUAUCUUAUCCCGCACCGCUCCAUCAGUAUUCUCCCUGACUGCAAAACCGUUGUUUAUAACACCGGGGAGAUCAUCUCUCAUCAUACUUCAAGAAACUUCAUGAAAUCGAAAAAAGCGAAUAAGAACUUUGAUUUCAAAGUGUUCACCGAGUCAGUGCCAAGUAAGAUCAAGGGUGACUCUUUUAUACCCGUUGAACUCUACGGCUUGACCAAAGAUGAGUCUGAUUACGGAUGGUACACAACAAGCUUUAAAAUAGAUGACAAUGACCUCUCUAAGAAGAAAGGAGGUAAGCCUAAUCUGAGGAUUGCUAGUCUUGGCCACGCGUUGCAUGUAUGGCUCAAUGGAGAAUACCUUGGAAACGGACAUGGUAGCCAUGAAGAGAAGAGUUUCGUCUUUCAGAAGCCAGUUACUCUAAAAGAAGGAGAGAACCACUUAACCAUGCUAGGUGUUUUGACGGGAUUUCCGGAUAGUGGAUCUUAUAUGGAGCAUAGAUACACAGGUCCACGUAGUGUUUCCAUCUUAGGUUUGGGCUCUGGAACACUUGAUCUCACUGAAGAAAACAAAUGGGGAAACAAGGUGGGUAUGGAAGGCGAAAGGCUUGGUAUCCACGCCGAAGAAGGAUUGAAGAAGGUUAAAUGGGAGAAAGCUUCAGGGAAAGAACCGGGAAUGACAUGGUACCAGACAUACUUCGAUGCACCAGAGAGCCAAAGUGCAGCAGCAAUUAGGAUGAACGGAAUGGGGAAAGGUUUGAUUUGGGUGAACGGAGAAGGUGUUGGUCGAUAUUGGAUGUCGUUUCUAUCGCCUUUAGGACAGCCUACGCAAAUCGAGUAUCACAUCCCUAGGUCUUUCUUGAAGCCCAAGAAAAAUCUUCUGGUUAUAUUUGAGGAAGAACCAAAUGUGAAGCCAGAGCUUAUCGACUUUGUCAUCGUCAAUAGAGAUACGGUGUGUUCUUAUAUUGGAGAAAACUACACUCCUAGUGUCCGUCACUGGACCAGGAAGAAUGACCAAGUUCAGGCCAUCACUGAUGACGUGCAUCUCACGGCUAAUCUCAAAUGUUCCGGCACAAAGAAAAUCUCCGCUGUGGAAUUCGCAAGCUUUGGGAAUCCUAAUGGGACUUGUGGCAACUUCACUCUUGGAAGUUGUAAUGCUCCUGUUUCUAAGAAAGUCGUUGAAAAGUACUGUUUGGGUAAAGCAGAGUGUGUGAUUCCGGUGAACAAGAGUACGUUCGAGCAAGACAAAAAGGAUUCAUGUCCCAAAGUCGAGAAGAAGCUUGCGGUACAAGUCAAGUGUGGCCGUGACAAGAAGAACUAAGGAUAUAUAUUUUAUUUGCUUCGCUGAACGGUUUUAUACCUAAUGUUUUUGUAGAUACUAAAAUUAUGCAUUGAUUUUUUGUUCCAUUUUUGAAUUUAUUAACUAAAAUGUUUAUCAUACAGAUAUAUACGCGUGAUUGUAUAUAGUGAAGUUUCUAAUCAAAGUUAAGGUGUAUAUUGGCCUAUCUCGUUUUUAUAAUGCUC